CCUAGGGGCAUGUCGGCGCUCCACUGCCAAGGCUGCAGCGGUCCCCGCGAGAUGGCCAGUAACCCAUGUGCCAGGUAGCAUUCUAUGCCGACCUUGAAUAACAACAGGAAGCUGCUGAGCAGCAAACUCUUCUGAGAUCAUAACUUGCUGUUGGAAUAACUUAGAAAAGAAGAAAAAGGAAUUGGAACCAUGGCAAAAGUAAAUAGACCUGGGUCUACCUCCCCUCCAGAUGGAGGAUGGGGCUGGAUGAUCGUGGCUGGCUGUUUCCUUGUUACCAUCUGCACCCGGGCGGUCACCAGAUGUAUCUCAAUUUUUUUUGUGGAGUUCCAGACAUAUUUUGCUCAGGAUUAUGCACAAACAGCAUGGAUCCAUUCCAUUGUAGACUGUGUGACUAUGCUUUGUGCUCCACUUGGGAGUGCUGUCAGUAACCACUUAUCCUGUCAAGUGGGAAUCAUGCUGGGUGGCUUGCUUGCAUCUACUGGUUUCAUCCUGGGCUCAUUUGCCACCAGCCUGAAGCAUCUCUACCUCACUCUGGGAGUUCUUACAGGUCUUGGAUUUGCACUUUGUUACUCUCCUGCGAUUGCCAUGGUUGGCAAGUAUUUCAGCAGACGGAAAGCCCUUGCUUAUGGGAUCGCCAUGUCAGGGAGUGGCAUUGGCACCUUUGUCCUGGCUCCUGUGGUUCAGCUCCUUAUUGAACAGUUUUCGUGGAGGGGAGCACUACUCAUUCUCGGGGGCUUCGUUUUGAAUCUCUGUGUUUGUGGUGCCUUGAUGCGGCCAAUUACUCUUAAAGAGGACCGUUCAAGUUCAGAACAGAAAUGUGACUGUCGAACUCAGAAAGAAGACUGUAAGCGGGCAUCUCCCUAUUCACCUUUGACCAAAGAAUGGGCACAGACCUGCCUGUGUUGCUCUUUGCAGCAGGAAUACAGUUUUUUGCUGAUGCCAGACUUUGUUGUGUUAGCCGUCUCUGUUCUGUUUAUGGCUUACGGCUGCAGCCCUCUCUUUGUGUACUUGGUGCCUUAUGCUUUGAGUGUCGGAGUGAGUCACCAGCAAGCUGCUUUUCUUAUGUCCAUACUUGGGGUGAUUGACAUUAUUGGCAAUAUCACAUUUGGAUGGCUAACCGACAGAAGGUGUCUGAAGAAUUACCGGUAUGUUUGCUACCUCUUUGCUGUGGGCCUAGAUGGGCUCUGCUAUCUCUGCCUUCCAAUGCUUCGAAGUCUCCCCCUCCUGGUGCCUUUCUCUUGUACCUUUGGCUAUUUUGAUGGAGCCUACGUGACCUUGAUCCCAGUAGUGACUGCUGAAAUAGUAGGGACCACCUCUUUGUCAUCAGCGCUGGGUGUGGUGUACUUCCUUCAUGCGGUGCCCUACUUGGUGAGCCCACCCAUUGCAGGAUGGCUGGUGGAUACGACUGGCAGCUACACUGCAGCGUUCCUUCUCUGUGGAUUUUCAAUGAUCUUUAGUUCUGUGUUGCUUGGCUUUGCUAGACUUGUAAAGAGGAUGAAAAGAACCCAGCUGCCAUUCCUUGCCAAAGAAUCUGAUCCCAAGCUGCAGCUUUGGACCAAUGGAUCAGUGGCUUAUUCUGUAGCAAGAGAAUUAGAUCAGAAAGAUGGGGCUUCUGUGGCUACAGCAGCUCCUGGUUACAACCUCACAUGACCAAUGGCCUUCAGCCUGGGAAUCUUUGGGGCUGAUGGAAGAAAGGCCACCAGAUUGGGCAUAUUUCUGAAGCAUUUUAUUUUGGCAGAAGUACUGCCUUCUAGGGAAAUCAUUAUUAUUGUUUUGUUAACAUAUUUAUAAGGGAAAAUAGAAAAAAAAAAUAAAGAAAGCUGGACUAGC